CAUUUUAGGGAUUUUGUUCAGUGUUUUGUUUGUUGCGCAGGUUGUUCCUGCACUUUUCGGCGAUUUUUACCCAGUCUUGGACCUUUCCUGUCCACUAUUUCGAGACUUUCCUACAGAAGAGAUACUAGAGAAAGAAUUUUGAGGGACAGGGUCAAGUUUUAGGGAUUUAUUCAGGUUUUAAUCCGAGAAAACCGAGAGGAAGACUCGAGAAGAAUCAGAAAAUCGUCAGGAUGGGAGCCAUCUUGGGAACCCUAGGACUGGGUAGCUGUGCGGCUUCGCUGGCAUGCUGCUGCACCAGUGCUGCCUGCAGCCUGUGUUGUUCUGCCUGUGGGAAGAGUAAGAACUCGGUGGUGACUCGUAUCGCCUAUGCCCUGUUCCUGCUGCUCGGGAUGCUGGUGGCCUGCCUCAUGCUGGCUCCUGCUGUGGAGGACGGGCUAAAAGAUUUUCUGGAAACCCCACAAAUCUGUGACGACACGAUCUUCCACGACAAGCUGGUGGACUGUCAGGGGAUCGUGCGGAGCGUGACGGGAUACCUUGCGGUUUACCGUGUCUGCUUCGGGCUGGCCGGAUUCUUCUUCCUCAUGAGUCUCCUCAUGAUCAGUGUGAAAACCAGCAAGGACCCCCGCGCUGGGAUUCAGAACGGAUUCUGGUUCUUCAAGUUCCUGGCUGUGAUCGGCAUCUGUGUUGGAGCAUUCUUCAUCCCCAGGGGUGCUUUUGGAUCAGCCUGGAUGUACAUUGGUAUGAUCGGUGCAUUCCUGUUCAUCCUGAUCCAACUGGUCCUGCUGGUGGACUUUGCUCACUCCUGGAACGAGUCCUGGGUGGAGAAAAUGGAAGAAGGCAACUCCAAGUUCUGGUACUUUGCCCUGCUGGCCUGUACGUUUGUGUUCUAUGGUCUGGCCAUUGCUGGAGUCGUGGUUUUCUUCAUCUACUAUACUGUGCCCGAUGGUUGUGCCACCAACAAGUUCUUCAUCAGUUUUAACCUGAUCCUGUGUGUCAUUGCUUCUGUCAUCGCCAUCCUACCUAAAGUCCAGGAGUCCCAGCCCCGCUCCGGUCUGCUCCAGGCUUCUGUGAUCACCCUGUACACCAUGUACAUCACCUGGUCUGCCAUGACUAAUGAGACAAACAGUAAAUGUAACCCUAGCCUGCUGCAGAUCGCUGGCCUGACUCCCAUCCAGAACGGCACACAGCCCGGCACGACCGCCGCGCCCACCCCGCCCUCCAGUGUGUUCCUGGGUAUGGAUGCGCAGGGCAUUGUGGGACUGGCCGUGUUCUUCAUCUGUGUCAUGUAUGCCAGUAUCCGCACCUCGUCCAACAGCAGUGUGAACAAGCUCACCAUGUCGUCGAACGAGAGCACACUUCUGUCCAACAGCCAGGCCCCAAGCACCGGUGAUGUGGAGAAGUCUGUGGUUGAUGACAUCGAUGAUGACUCUCCUACGAUUGACAACGAGAAAGACGGAGUGAAGUACAACUACUCCUUCUUCCACUUCAUGUUCAUGCUGGCCUCCAUGUACAUCAUGAUGACUCUCACCAACUGGUACAGCCCGGACGGGUCAAACUUCAACAAGCUGGAGCCCAACCAGCCGGCGGUGUGGGUGAAGAUCGUGUCCAGUUGGCUCUGUAUCCUGCUGUACGUCUGGACGCUCGUGGCGCCCAUCGUACUGCCCGACCGCGACUUCGACUGAACAACGCGCUAACCUCGCAUUCAGCCAGUUCACAGAAAAGUAUAAUGUCAACAGCUACUGAUGUUUUUUGUAAUAGCUGAACAGGGAUACAUGUAGUUCACACAUCACUUCUUGUCAUGUGUAGACUGGAUUUUAGUCAAGUUGUGCUGAAAGUAUAUGAAUUAUGGAUGCCUUUUGUAAUAGCUGAACAGGGUUAGUUCACGGGUCACGUUUGUCAUAUGUAGACCGGAUUUUAGUGCACAAAGUACGAUGUCAAGAAUUACAUAAAUACAGCCUCGCAGUCAACAAGGGAUAGUUUACAGAUCACUUCUUGAUAUGUGUAGACUGGAUUUUAGUCAAGUUGUGCAGGAGGUAUAACGUCAACAGUCACGGAUGCUUUUUGUAAUGGCUGAAUAGGGAUAGUUCACAGAUCACUUUGUGUCAUACGUAUACUUGAUUUUAGUGCACAAAGUACAAUAUCAAGAAUUACAGAACAGCAGAAAAUUGACCUUUUUUUAAUUGCCAGACACAAAAGUAUGUAGUAAACAUAGAAACACAUAUUUUACAAUUUCUACAAUUUUCCUUUGUCAGUAAUGGUAGACUGGAAUGUAUUUAAAAGUCUCUGUCAUAAUGUCAAUAUUUGAACAAUAAGCAGAAAGUUCAGUCAUAAACCAAUAUUAUAUUAUUCCUUUCUUGUUAGACCUAGCGCAAUGUGAGCCAAACAAAUUGCUGGUAAGAAACUUAGACAAACAGCAUAAGAAAAUUGAAGAUUAAACAUACAGCUCAACUAUGAAUGGACACACAACGUCAACGAGAUUUGAUAAGUGAUCAAGGAAUCAGAGCAUAAUGCUGAAGAAAUCAUAUCUAUAGAUCUUGCUGUGAUGCGAUAGCAUUUUUACUGACUGUAUAUACAUAUAUAAGCUCAUGGUAUUCACAAUGUACUUCAAAGGACUGUAAGUUGAAAUUAUACCAACAGCAACUAGAAAAAACUUGACAACCAUCUAACUGAUUGAGUACCAUCUUAAACCAUGAUGUGAAAGUGGGUGUUUUUGUAACAUUGUAUUUAAAUGGUCAAGCCAUGGAAAGGAUUUUGCUGCUGUAUGUUGAAAUGUGAGGAUACUUAAAGUAAGGGAGGUACAGGUAUGGUUGUUUCAUGUUUAUCAAUUGUGUAUAUCAGAAAUUCAGAAAUAUGAUAUGGGUGUUUAGUUUCGCAGUAUGUGAAGAUACAUUGUGGGUGAUCAGAAGUUUAACAAUUGUAAGAGUAUGUUGUAUGGUUUUGUGUAUGAAACAAAAUGGGAAAUGUGAUGCUUGAUAAACAAAAUGCUUUUUUUUCUUUAAGAGUGCACAAAUUAUUAUAAUAUAUGUAACUGAAGCAGUGCUAUUGAUGUAUUAAAUGUGCUUGGUGUAAGUAAUCAACAUACAAUUGUGCAGAUUUGUGGAAAGAGGUUCAUUCUAUGCAUAUGAUCAAAAACAACAACUUUGCAUGCAAUAACAUGUAACAUUUUUAGACAACAGUGUAUGUACAUGGACAAUACAGAUAUGUGCUUGUAU